AUGGCCGUUUCUAACAGCAUGAACGGCUUGGUCAUCGAUCUACUUUCCUCUUCGUCUUCGUCUUCUUGCAACCUAUCCGAUUCUGAAGUUCGUACUGCCAAGCGAUCCCGUCGAAAGUGUAAGCGGUCUGAUUCCGUUCGGCAAAGCACUGUGUCGGAACAAGAACUACAAUCUCGUGCCUCAAUUCCGCCAGUUGCAGGCAGCGAUGAGGACCAUGUUGGCCUAAAGUUGUCUGCUAACAGAGCAAUAUCAUACCCCUCGACAUCGUCUCUCAACGUAUCACCAUCCGAUACCUUGCCAAAUUGCUUAUCUGACAGCGUUACACAGUCUUCGCGGCGAAGUAGCCUCGUUCCAGCCAAACCGCCACCAGCUGCAUCUACCACAGUUGGAAGCUUAAUGGACACCGACUCGAGGACUACAGGGUUGGUAUUGACGGAAGCUUCCCACACAUCCCUCAAUGCAGCGUUGGAGUGCAGAUCUGCUCAAACAGAGUCGACUUCAUCUAAGAGCAUACACCAAAGUCCUGAUCCACAGAGCCUUUAUCGACAGGCUAACCAGAUCACAGGGGGGGCGCUGGACAUUUCUGGGAUUUCGACUACCUCAGCCAGUGGAUUGCGGUCCUCGCCGAUUUCUACGCUUUCCGCAAAUCGGGUUGGUCAUCCCAGCAGUCUCAAGCCAAUUUUACCGAAAAGUAAGCGGGAAAAUUAA